AUGGAAGAGCAAGGUAAGAGAGCUAUAGAGGAGGAGGUGAAAGAGGCCCAGUCACUCAGAGACUCUCUGCAGGAAGAACUCGAUGCCCCACCUGACCAAGUUAAGUGUGUAUGUGUCCUUGUUCACAGGCAGCAGCAGCUUAACAGGAAGAGUGAGGACCUGAUAGAACAGUACAGAUGUCAGAUCCAGGAGACUAAGCUCAAACACAGGAAACACCGGAUGAAGUUUGAAAACCAGCUCCAGCAGCUGAUAGAGCAGCAUAAGAACCUGCACUCUGUCUUUAGCCCAGACAGACUGCCUGCUGAAAUAGAGAGCGUUGAAAACGCCAAGUCUCAGCUGCUGAAGGCUGGUAAGAAACUCUGAUGACUUUAAACACAAUAGAC